AUGCACCGUCGUCAGGCGUUGACGAAACUAUCAGAGGUGACCAUGGCAGUCUCCAAGGCAGCUACGGUAAGCCUUUGGGAAGAUGCCGUGUGGCUCCUGGAGGGCGCCAAGCAAGCGCCGCGCAUGCAGCCGGAUAUGAUCCUAUAUGGAGCUGUUAUGAGUGCCUGCGAGAGGGCGCGGCAGUGGCGAAGGGCCCUGGCCGCUUUUGUGGAGGCCAAGGCCCAGGGCCUGGAGCCAGGCCUCGUGGCCACAUCCAUCGCCAUCACAGCCUACGGACGUGGUGCCUUGUGGGAAAAGUCAAUAGAAGCGCUGAGGCAGCUCAGCGACAAUGACCUGCAGCCGAAUCAAAUCACCUACAAUGCCACGAUCAGCGCCUGCGAAAGAGGCCAGCAGUCUCGGCCAGCUCUGGCCCUCCUCUGCGAGAUGCCAGAGGUGGCCGUCCCUCCUGAUCUGAUUUCGUUCAAUGCAGCCAUCAACGCAUGUGAGAAGGCGAGCGACUGGCAAGCUGCGCUGGAGGUUUUCAUGGCGACACCCCAUGGGCUGCCAAAUGAGAUCACUUACAACACCACCAUCAGUGCCUGCCACAAAGGCUCUCACUGGCAAGGUGCUCUGGACCUGUUCUGCUCCAUGGAGUUGCGAGCCUUGGCCCCCAACGUCAUCACGCACAGCGCCACCAUGGCAUCCUGCUUGCGAGGAGAUGCCUGGCAGAAGGCUCUUGAGAUGUACGGUCGACUGCCAGUCGUCGAGCGGGAAGGCAAUCCGAUCCUCGUCGGGCUGAUGCUCCAGGCGCUUGGAGCAGCCAAAGCGUGGGGGGAGGCCGUUGCGCACAUCGAAAGGCUUGCCAAACCUGGGUCUCGCGCCGUCGACGCACUGUGCUUUACCGCAGCAGUGAGGACGUGCGGUGCCUGCGGCGAGUGGGAGUGGGCAAUGUAUCUGAUGGACAAGAUGCAGGGCCAGGGCUUUUUGCCAGAUGUGGUGACUGCGACUCUGGUUCUCAGUGCUUGCCGGCAAUCUGGGCAAUGGCAAACGGCACUUGGAAUCUUGAGGGAGAAGAUGCCGUCCCUGGGCGUUGAGCCGAGCAAUUCAAGCAUCAAGACUGUUCUGGCUGCUUGUUUCGAGGCAAACCAACUGCCAGCUGGCCUGGAACUGCUCAAGGAAUCCCCGCUGCUGAGGGACUCUGCGGAGUGCAGCCGUGCGUUGACACACGUGGCGUCAGCCCAGGUGUGGGAGGAGGCGCUCUGGAUCACAGCUCACAUGUUGGAGCAUGGCCUCGAGCUGAGCCCAGGUGUCCAACUGAGACAGGUGCCACAGCUUGCGCAGCUUGCCGUGAGUUCGGCGCCGCAUGCGCCGCCGCCACCACGUCCUCAGCGGCCGCCGCCACCUGUCCGGCGGACGGAGGACGAAAAGGCGGUUGGCGAUGUGGAGGAGCAAGGGCAGCAAGAGGAGACCCAGACCAUGCCAUCCAUGGCGGUGAAGGCAGCCGAGCCGGACCAGCAAGAGGAGCAGAGGGAGCUCAGCUACCGCCUCACCGACUCUGGAGCUGCCUUGAUUGACUUGCACGGCCUGCCUGUCGAGGUUGCGAAGAUUGCGGUGCAGGUUGCCCUCGAAGACUUGCUUCUGGGGCCACCCACAGGAAAGUCCCCAGCCAAGGAGCUCAGCGACUUCAUCAUCGUCACGGGCGUGGGCAACAACAGCCCAGGUGGCAUAGCCGUCGUGCGGCCAGCAGUGAUCGCCCUCCUUCGUGAGGAGCUGCAAAUUCGGGUGCUGGAGACGCGAACUGACGGACCCGGACGGCUUCGAGUCCCGGCCUCCGAACUCCGGAAGCUGCGUGGUGUGCCGAAGCCGACGAGCUUGGACUUAUCUCGUGCAGCCUUCCAAGCUCUUACAACCCCACCCGCCGCAACCGCCACCAUGGACGGCUCCAAGCCUGCCAGCGAGACUUCUGGCAAUGCCGCCUCGAAGAAGGGAGACUACAAGGAGGCCAUCACCAUUUGCCAACCCUUCAAAGACAAGUAUGACAAAUGCUUUGACGUGUGGUACCGUCAGGGGUUCCUGCGGCAUCAGCUCAACAACCCAUGCGACCCAGAGUUUGAGGACUACCGUGCCUGCAUCCUUGAAGAGCUUGCAGCACGUGGGCUGCGGCUACCGGGAAGCCGCUGA